AUUCAACUUGACUUUUUUCCUUUAAGAUUGCUUGGGUUGUAAACCCAGUGAGGAGAACACAGAGGAAAGUACUGGAGUCAGCUUACCGGUCUCCUGGCAACAGGCGAUGGCAGGUGGCGCAAAGAGGAGUUGACCAAGAAAGUCUUUGAUCAUCCGUCAUGAUCCCAGGAAGUCCUUUGGUUCGCAACCCUGCCUCCUCCUCUGAUGCAGUCCAAAGCCUCGCCCAUCGGCCCCAAUCCCCGACAACCUUGACGACACAGGCGCAGUGCGACCUUGCCCAAGCCGAGGUGGAGCUCCGUUGCCUGCGGGAGCGCCACGCCACAGAGACGGACUCCGUGAAGCGGGGGGUAGAGCGGGCCAUCCUGGGAGCACGCAGAGAGGAGCGCCGCCUCCUGGAGCGUGUGGAGCAGGACCAUCGUGACACCCAGCAGCACCUGGAGCAGGUUUUGAGGGAGAACGUAGCAGCCGCCAGAGUCAGUCAGUCCUUGCUGGACCAAAGGCUUGAAAAACUGGUCCUCCUUCAGCAGCGAAUUCAGGAAGGGUCUCCAAACCAAAAUCCCUUGCCGAACGAAGUUGCAGAGUUUCUCCAACCCUGGGAAGUCUCUGUUUCUCUAAAGAAAGUGUCCUUCAAGCCAAGCUCCCAACCAAAUGCUGUCACAUUUGGUGACAUCCGAGUGCAAGACCAGAGUAUUUUUCUGCAUGCCGGAGGUUGCGGUCUGCACGGAAAGCCUUGUGCUCUCCAUUCUCAGGAGAUGCGAUCUGCAGAGAGCAGUCAGCAAUUUCUCGGAGAAGACAGAUGCUUGAAGGAACAGGGCUGGACCUCCGCAACAGGCAGGGUAGUGAAAAAAAUGUGCCUGUCUUCCUGGCGUGACACAGAAACCGAAGAGAAGUCAAUUACCUCCUUGCCAAACGCCCAUAAAUGGCCUCUAAAGUCAGAACCGUUGUGUAGAUUGAAAUCCCCCACAGAUCUGAAGAUGGAAACUGAAUCAUGUGGGAUAGAUGUCCCAAGUGUCCUCAGGCCUGAUAACCGAGAAUAUGAAUGGUCAAUAGGCAGCAAUAGAGAACCCCUUACUCCCAAGGAUAGAAGGAGGCCGCCUGUGUCCUCACCAGAUGGGAGUCACUCUGUGAGUUUAGAUAACCAGGGUUCAGCCAAAGGAAAAGAUGCUCAAGGCAGUGGACUUUCGAAGGCUGCAAAGAGAUCUCUGUCAUGUCCCAGGAGUGGCCAGAAGGAGCCUUCAGUCAGCCACAGUUGCCAGGACCUCGCCCCCAAAGGACGCCCUCACUCAGGCCUCAGCCAGUCCUCGGAUGAGCACUCCCUCGGGACACUCUGCGAUUCCGGCAGAGCCCCUUCGCCAGCCGACAGCCUGGACUCCAGCUACACCUUUGUGGUCAGCCCUUCUCGUGACUGCGGUGUGAACAGAAGCUCUUUGAUCUACAACGACCGCCUGUCGAAGUCUGCGGUGGACUUGACUCACAGGACACGCCCCCUGAUCAGCACUGGGAAGACUGAGCAUGUGCAGGCGUGGACAGUCAAUCACAAGGACUUCAGUUCAUCUUCGCCGCCUCUUAGCGGGGAUCUCAGUACGUUUGACAGAAGACAGGCGCUGUCAUAUCAGGUCCCAACUAGCAAUUCAACUCAGCUGUUAGUAGCCAGGUCUCUGUCCAUGUCUGUCUUAGAUGUUUCCUCGCAUGAGCCCAAGCGAGGCAGGGGCCUGGCUCUGGUGGGAGUGAAGGAGGAAGGAGAGAUGUCCGGGUUCAAUUCAAGGGAAGGGAUUCCAAUCCACCAGUUUGGGAAGCAAGGGUCCGGUCGGGCGGACCUCACCUUGCCAAGUGGUAUCUACUGCACACCACAUGGGCAGCUUUUCAUCGUCGACUGUGGGAAUGCUCGUGUUCAGGUAACAGACCAUCAGGGCAACAUUCUCCAGCAAAUUACCUCCCCGAAUUCUGAGGGCCUGGCCAGGCGAUGCAGGAACUUCUUUGAUGUAGCAGUCAACUCCAAGGGCCUGAUUGCGCUGAGCUGUGCGGCGCAGCGUGCGCUGCUGGUGUUCAACCGACAUGGUCGGCUCCUUCAGACCUUUGGAGGUUCAGGAUUAGGCACUGCAAAGGAUGAUCUGGAGGCUCCCAGGGGUGUGACGGUGACACGGCUGGAUGAGUUCUUGAUAGCGGAUAUCCGUAAAGGUACCCUCAUCGCCUUAAAACUAGACCAUAAGACCGGUUCUCGCUUGGAGCGCACCGUUGUGACUGGAUUUAAUCGGCCUUACUUGGUGGCAGCUUGCGUCAGCUCCGGGAUGAUGGCCGUGUCUGAGCGAGGCACAGAAACAGGUUGUGUGCCCUGCAUCAAAGUCCUGGAGCCAGGCUGGAGCACAGUACGGGUUCUGGGGGUGUGUUCGGCCAUGGGGCCCGUCCUGCUUUGCCCCUGGGGAGUUUUUAUCGACUCAGAGGGCAACGUACUGGUGGCCGACUGGGGUGAGACCCACAGGGUCCUGGUGUACCCAACACACGGAAUGGGGUGGCCGUUAGUGACUCGGGGUUUGAGUAGUCCACGUGGCAUAACCCUGCUGCCAGAGGGCCAUCUCGCUGUGUGUGACAGUAUGAACCACUGCGUGAAGAUCUACACUACAUGGCAAACCAACACUUAACACUGACAUAUUUUUAAUCAUUAAAUACACGUGUGAUUCAUUCGUUUACUACAUUCAGUCAAAACUGCUUUUUUCUUACUGACUUAAGUCCAAUUUCAUAUUUUUGAGUUUAGACCUGGGUGUUUUUGAGUCCCUUUAAAGUUAUAUCUGAUUAAUAAUCCAAUUAGAUUUGUAUUAUUUAUGCCGAGGACCAGCAAAAAAGUAGUUUGGACAACUCUGUGGUACAGGAAUCGGAUUAUAAUCAGAUUAUUCAUCAAUAAUUUAAUCGCAAGUUUUUAAAAAGUAUUUAACUACAUUUUUUUAACCCUAUUCAGUUUUUCAUGUAUUAAUG